AAUUAUCAACUUUUUCAUAUUUCUUCUUUGCUCCCUCUUCCUUAUUCAAUGGCUACUCUUCAGGUUUCCCUAGUGUUAGCCACCUUCUUCCUUCAACUCUUCUCAGGUGCUCAUUCAUCAACCUUUACUAUAGAAAACAAAUGCAGCUAUACGGUUUGGCCUGGGGUGUUAUCAGGUGCCAGAACCCCUCCGAUUUCACCUACAGGUUUCGUUCUUCAACCAGGGCAGUCAACAUCCAUCUCUUUUCCAACAUCCUGGUCGGGUCGGAUAUGGGGUCGAACCCUUUGCACCCAAGAUUCUUUCGGAAAGUUCUCUUGCCUUACAGGAGACUGCGGCUCGUCGACACUCGAAUGUUCAGGCGGUGGUGCCAUCCCUCCCGCCUCGCUGGCGGAGUUUACGCUCAAUGGUGCAGGUGGAUUGGAUUUCUAUGAUGUUAGCCUUGUUGACGGGUACAAUCUUCCAAUGAUGAUAUCCCCAAGGGGUGGAACCGGAGGUAACUGUACCUCGGCGGGAUGUGCGGCGGAUUUGAACGGUGACUGUCCUGUGGAGCUUAAGGUUGUGGAUGGGAGUGAUGGGGUUGCAUGUAAGAGUGCGUGCGAUGCGUUUAGGGAUCCCCAAUAUUGCUGCAGCGGAGCUUAUGCUACUCCGAAUACUUGCAAGCCUAGCUCUUACUCCCAAUUCUUCAAGACUGCGUGUCCUACGGCUUAUAGCUACGCCUAUGAUGAUGGAACCAGUACCUUCACUUGUGCUGGAGCUGAUUACGAUAUCACUUUCUGCCCUUCCCCUUCCACCAGUGUGAAAUCGUCCAAUCCCAUGGCGGUUGACAUCUCAUCAGCCGAUCCCCAUCCCGCAUCAUCAGCUCUCAUUGGCGGUGCCAUCGCCACUCUGGCAGCAAUAUGGCGGUUGUGGCAUCUCUUCUGAGAAUAAUGCCAUCCAUGCAUUUUCCGCGUUUUCCCUUUCAUAUGACAAAUUU